AGGCACGCCUUUAAAAACAAAAGUGAAAGAAAAAAAGAAGAGAAGCCAUAUCGAGUCUUUAAACAGCUGCGUAGUUUAUGAGGGAGAGUGUGGAGGAGUGAAUGAAGAACAUAAGUUUUUACAGAUAGAGAAAACAGCCAGAACAAAACACUCACAAGACACUCCAAUCUACUGCAAUGACAUCUUUAAAGCCUCACCUAAACCAGGAUCUAAGGAGAAAGACCAGAUCAAGACUGUUCUUACUAAAGGCAUCGCAGGAAUCGGAAAAACCGUUUCUGUGCAGAAGUUCAUUCUGGACUGGGCUGAGGGAAAAGCCAAUCAAGAUGUAGAUUUCAUGUUUGUUCUUCCAUUUCGAGAGCUGAACUUGAUCAGAGAUGAUCAGUACAGUCUUCACAGACUUCUGCCAGACUUUCAUCCUGAACUUCAAGAUCUGGACUCAAAGAUUUAUGAGGAGUGUAAAGUUGUGUUCAUCUUUGAUGGUCUAGAUGAAAGCAGAAUCACACUGAUGUUUUCAGAUGAUCAGAAAGUUUGUGAUGUGACUGAGACUUCAUCAGUGAGUGUGUUGAUGUCAAACCUCAUGAAAGGAGAGCUGCUUCCCUCUGCUCUCAUCUGGAUCACCUCCAGACCAGCAGCAGCCAAUCAGAUCCCCUCCAAAUACAUCAACCGUCUGACAGAAAUUCAGGGAUUCACUGAGCUUCAGAAGGAGGAAUAUUUCAGGAAGAGAAUCAGUGACCAGCAUCAAGCCAGCAGGAUCAUCUCACACAUCAGAAGAUCAAGAAGCCUCCACAUCAUGUGCCACAUCCCUGUCUUCUGCUGGAUCUCAUCCACUGUGCUUCAGAAGAUCCUGGAAGAAGACCUGAGUGCAGAAAUCCCUCAAACUCUGACUGAAAUGUACAUCCAUUUCCUGCUGAUUCAGAUCAACAUGAGGAACCAGAAGUAUGAAGAGAGUGAUCCAGAGAAACUCCUGCAGUCUAACAGAGAAGUGAUUGUGAAACUUGAUGAAGUUGCUUUCAAACAGCUGAUGAAGGGUAAUGUGAUGUUCUAUGAGGCUAUUUCAAGUGUAAACUGAAACGUAUACACCUACAUGCUAAUGACAUCAACCUGCAAGGUGACGACCAAAAAAAAUAAACAAAUUAAUAAAAUAAAAAACAACAAUACUGUAAUCACCAACAACAUAUAGGCACCAAUAAUAUGUGAUCAUAUUGAAAAACAAUCAUAUAAAUUAUGUAAUGUUAUAUUAAUUACGUAGAUUUAUAGAGUUAAUAAGAUAAAUAAACAACUGAUUAAAUAAUGAUUGAGCAUUAGUGAUGAACACCUGCUGUUUCUGAGAAUGACAGAGGAUCAGAUGGUGAUGUUUAACUGGCUAAAAUGAUGCCAGCAUCAAAAAGAUCAGUGUUUGAUUUAGUUGGGCUCUUGACCCUUUUACGAAUUCAAAGAAACGGCUUCUAAGCAACUGCUUCACAGCUAGCACUGACUACAUAGAUUAGCAAUGGAUUAUAAAUAUACUUCAUUAUUAUUCAAAUUAUUUAUCUCCAACCCCGAAAAAGGUAGCAACAUAUUUCAUUUUUGAGGCCACGAGGGAUGGAAGUACAGUGCAUGUAUUGUACCGUCAAUUAAAACAUACCAAUAUUAAGCUUAUUUCCAAAAAAAUAUAUAUGUCAAAAACUGCAUAUAAAGUUGUGAUUUAUGAAGAUUACAAGAUACAACCCUCAUACCAUUGUAAAGACUGUACUCUAUCCCUCACAGCCUCAUUUACGUUUAAUCUGACUAUGAUCUACGGCAGAUGAAAUUCAAAGGGAGU